GACCCAGAGUCUCGAAAUUAAAGGUCUCUCACCAUGGCUCCUGCCGCUACAGCAAAAUAUGAUUGGAUCCUAGCCAUCACCACCAUCGCCUUUGUCUUCAGUGCCUUCGGUAAUGGAGCCAACGAUGUCGCCAAUUCCUACGCAACCUCGGUUGCAGCACGGACCCUCACCAUGCCGCAAGUCGGUUUCUUGUCCAUGAUCACCGAGUUCGUCGGUGCCGUCGGUCUCGGAGCUCGUGUCACAAGCACGAUCAAAAAUGGAAUCAUCAGCAUUGAUCGGUUCGAGGAUCGUCCAGGUGCAUUGAUGUUGGCAAUGGGCUGCGCCGAAGUUGGAAGCGCAACCUGGUUGAUGGUUGCAACAGGCCUAGGUUUCCCCGUGUCUACAACCCAGACUGUUGUCGGAGCCUUGAUUGGUGUCGGAUUUGCUUCUCAAGCCAGUAUCAAAUGGGCCUGGCAGAGUGGAAGUGUUUCUCAAGUCGCAGCCUCGUGGGGUAUUGCGCCUCUCAUCUCAGCAGGCUUUUCCGCACUCGUCUUCGGCAUCGUCAAGUACAGCGUACUUGAACGAAAGGAUUCGUUCAAGUGGGCCAUGCGCCUCAUCCCGUUCUACUUCGCAACCACCGCAGCCAUCCUGGCUCUCUUCAUCGUGGUCGAGGCGCCCACUGCUCCAUCCUUGGAAGAAUUUGGAGCCGGCAAGGCCGUCGGUAUUGUCCUUGGGGUGUGGGCAGGCGUCUUAUUGAUCGCCUAUAUCUUCUUCAUGCCCUACUUCGAGCGCCGCCUCAUCAAACAAGAUCCCCGCGUCAAGUUCUACCACAUUCCAUUGGGUCCUCUUCUCCGCAAGGACAACGCUCCGCUUUACUUUCCCGGAAAGCCGGACGGCAAGUACGUAAUCGACUACUACGAGGACCCCUAUGCGGAUGAAUCCUCAAUGGAUUCCAUCACAGAAGCUAAGAAGGAACCUGCCAACGGCAACGAGGUGCCCAUGGGAAGCGACAACUCCGCCUUGGAGAAGGGUUCAAACUCAAGUGCAGUGCCAGGAGUUGUCGCCCGCAAGCGACUCCCUACCCCUGAAGAGCGAUUCUUGCAUCCUGUCAAACACCUGAAAUCAACCAACCCCCAGCGCUUGAUGGGCUACCUCAAAUACGGACUCUUGCAAGGAGUGACUCGCGACUGCGUCACCCAUGACUCUGCAAAACUGCGAGAUAUCCAUGCCAAGGCAGCAAAGUACGACGUCCGAGUCGAGCACUUGUGGACGUACUGCCAAGUCGCAUCGGCCAUGCUGAUGUCCAUCGCGCACGGUAGCAACGAUGUGGCCAACGCCGUUGGACCAUGGGCCGCCACAUACCAAACAUUCAGGGCUGGUGAGGUUGCCACAAGAUCUCCCACUCCAGUCUGGUUCUUGGUCAUCGCCGGUUUCCUGCUGGGUGCCGGCUUCUGGUUCUACGGAUACCAUAUCAUUCGUGCCCUAGGCAACAAGAUCACCCAGAUGUCGCCGACUCGAGGUUUCAGCGUCGAGCUCGGUGCUGCCAUCACUGUCCUGCUUGCGUCUCGCCUUGGGCUUCCCGUCAGUACUACACAGUGUCUGACCGGUUCGACGAUGGGUGUUGCACUCAUGAACUACGACCUUGGUGCAGUGAACUGGAGACAACUGGUAUUCAUCUUCUGUGGAUGGGUUCUGACUCUGCCUAGUGCCGGUCUUAUUUCUGGCCUGUUGUGCGUCAUGGCACUCAACGCGCCUCACUUCUAAGGACGAUUUGAGAUUCUUGUGGGACAAAGCGCUUACUCAUGCUUGUGCAUUCAAAGCUUGGUGGCUUCAUCUUGUGGUUAUUCCGAGCAUUGUAUUGACUUGAAGGAAAGACCUCUUCAAGCCAACCCCUCGAGAUACAUGCCUUGUGGAUGGAAGAGGGUUGAUCGUGCAGCGUUUAUGAGUUGAUACCAUCCCCAUGA